CGGAAAACAGUUGUGAAAAAAUACGAUAUAACAUUUCUAUCUCAUAACCGGCCGAUUAAGCCUAUCUAAAAUAAUUUGGUAAGGAACAGACAGUGUCAUAAACAUGAUCAAGUUAGAAACUAUCACGAUUAAGGAAGCAGCUGAGAUAGUUGGAGGAGACGAGCAACUAUUUCAAGAGAUGUUGGACAAGAUUCGACAAUGGCUGCAACAACAACUUCAUCUACCUCAAGGGAUUUCGGACAAACAAUUAGAAGCCAUUCUUUUAACUUCAAAACUUAAUCUGGAAAAAGCUAAGAAACGUAUAGAUUCGCUAUACACUCUUCGUACUCUGCUUCCCGAAUUUUUCGCAGACUAUGACCCGCUAUGCGACAAUGUUGCUCGAUUUCACAAAUGCAUGCAAUGGGUAACUCUACCACAGUUAUCACCGGAAAAGCACAGAAUCCAUAUCAUGAGAUGGAUAAACAAUAACACCUCUUUGUUUCAUCUCCAAGAUAUGUUGAAAUAUGUUUUCAUGAUGUUAGAUGUACGUCUAAAAGAAGACGUAAUGAAUUCUGAAUUAGUCAUUUGGGAUUGCACUAAUACUACUUUUGGUCAUAUAUUAAAAUUCUCACCGGGCUUAUUAAAAAAAUGUGAUCUUUGUCUGGAGGCAUACGGUUUAAGAAUUAAAGCAAUUUAUUUUAUGAACGCACCGACGUAUAUCGAUAACUUAUUGACGAUGGUAAAACUGUUUAUGAAUCCAAAACUUCAUGAGAGGAUGCAAACGCUCGAAUCAGGGGUAGAUUCAUUACAAAAAAUCUUACCGAAAUCCGUUUUACCGGAGGAUUAUGGCGGUGAGGAACUAUCAAUGGCAACUCUAACAGAUAUGUGGUUUGCAAAAGUAAAAAGUGAACGAGACUGGUUACUGAAACAAGAAAAACUUAAGAAUAACGAGUUUCUCCGAACUGAUUGCGUAAUAAAUGCGGAUGAUUUAUUCGGAGUUGCCGGAACAUUUCGAAAAUUAGAAAUUGACUAACUCGUUAAGAACAAUUUAUAGAUGGACAAUCUGUAUGAUAUUUAUAAAAUCAACAUAUGCAAAUUAAUGCACACACACACACACACAAAAGUAUAUAUGCGACAAAAUGUUAAAAUUAGUGCUGUCAAUAUCAAUAUAUAUAGGGUGAUUCACAAAUGCAUGCUCAUACUGGGGGGGGGGCAUACCCUUCAGGAGGCGAAUCAACAACCAAACAAGCAAAAAACGUCAUAUGAACACACGUUCUACACACAUCAGUUUUGAAAUUAUGAAUAACCAAAGAAAACGUUCGAAGUAUUCGCCUCGUGCGUCAACACAUAUUACUAAACACCUUAGCACCUCUUGACCUUAAUAUAUAAUAUUUAAUCUAAUUAUCCUUAAUCUAAUAUUUACAAACAAUACUCAUCGAUAUGAAUCAAGCAUCUCAAUCAAAUUUUUAUUUUUGGGGCCAUUUAAAAUCUACUGUGUAAUCAACGCAAGUGAACAAUGUGCACGAUCUGCGAGAAAGAAUACAAAAUAGAUUUGUGACUAUUUGAAAAAUACUCUGUAUUUUCGAGCGAGUGCAGAAUUCAAUGCUAAAGUCCGUGCUGACGCAUAAGGCGGACAUCUUUCCCAAUCAUCCAUAACUCAAAAAUCAAGGCAUGCAGGACCACGUUCACAUUACGCCCUUCACUUACUUUAAUGUAUAUAUUCACUCCCCGAAACAUAGACAUGCAUCUAUGAAUCACUCUGUAUAUAUUUGAAAAUCUAAUAAUCAGAUUCAAAACUUGAUAAAUAUUGAAAGUAUACUAAAAAUGCAUUGAGGGUACCUUUAAUUUUGUAAAUAACUACGAGUAUGCUAUGGUAUUUUUCA